AUGAUCCAGGGCGCCUGGGAGCCUGACGGCCCCCUCUGGGGCUGGGACGGGGACGACGACUGGGACGGCGCGGCGCUGGCCCUGCUGGCGCUGGCUGUGGUGGCCGCCACAGCGCUGGCUUUGCACUGGUUUGGCUCCGGGCAGCACCGGGAGGCGGCAGGACCAGCGUCCGCAGUCCCCGGGGCGCAGCCUCCUCAGGCGGGAAGCACCGGGCCGACCCUGCACCCAAAGUGCCAGGGCGUUGGUGGCAGCGAGGGACCGAGCGCGGGGCCCGGGGAGCCAGACCCUCCGGGACGUGGCCAGGGCGGUACCGCCGCAGCCGGCGGAGCGGCCUCGGGACGGCAGCGUGGGGACGCCCCCGCGGGAGCCCGCCGAGGUAAAGGACCGGAGCGUCCCGGGCUGGGCGCUGCGCUGCCGUCCGCGCCGCUGCUGGUGCACUUCGCCCCGCGGAGUCCCGGCGGCGGAGCGCAGGGGCAGGGGCAGGGGCAGGCGGCCCGCGUCGGCGCCCGGGGGCCGGCUCUCGAGGCCACGGUCCCCUCGGAGCAGCAGGACGCGGGGCCGCCCGGCUCGCUGGGGAGAGGCCGGGGCGGCCGGUGGAGGCAGACGGACGCCGGCUCGGGAGACAGAGCCCGCCGCGCCCCGAAGCCGGAGCCCCCCGGCCCGGGCGCCGUAGCCAGUGCGUGGGACACCGUGGACGCGGCCCCGGCCGCCGCCGCCCCGGGCGCCCCCGCCGGCAGCCCCCGCGCAGGCUCCCCCGGGAAGGGCCCCGGGGCCCAGGCCGGGGAGGGCGGGGAGAGUGGCCCGCCCGCCCGCACAGAGGCUCCGGGGGUCCCGGCCCCCCGGGAAGGCUGGCCCUGGGCCGGGAGGGAUGUCCCGGUCACCAGGAGCUCCAGCCGGGCCCCAGGGAAGACGGCCGUCGCCCGCCCCCGCCGCGUCCCCUCCCCGAGGCGCUCAGCCCCGCCCCCUGCGGGCGACCCCAAGCCCCGCCCCGUCCCCGCAGCCCCACCUGAAGCCCCGACUCUUCCUGGGGACGCUCGGGCCUUUGGAGUGAGCCAGGAUCCUUCUGAGGGUGGAAAUCUCAGGUCAGCGCCAGCCCCGGCCCCAGGCUCACCCCGAACCCCAUCCUCAACCCCAGCCCCACCCCCACCCCGAACCCCAUCCCCAGCCCCAGCCCCACCCCCACCCCGAACCCCAUCCUCAGCCAGCCCCACCCCCACCCCGAACCCCAUCCCCAGCCCCACCCCCACCCCGAACCCCAUCCUCAGCCCCAGCCCCACCCCGAACCCCAUCCUCAGCCCCACCCCCACCCCGAACCCCAUCCCCAUCCCCAGCCCCACCCCCACCCCGAACCCCAUCCUCAGCCCCAGCCCCACCCCCACCCCGAACCCCAGCCCCACCCCCACCCCCACCCCGAACCCCAUCCCCAGCCCCAGCCCCACCCCCACCCCGAACCCCAUCCCCAGCCCCAGCCCCACCCCCACCCCGAACCCCAUCCUCAGCCCCAGCCCCACCCCCACCCCAACCCCAUCCUCAGCCCCAGCCCCUGUCCCAGCUAGUGGGUCAAGACCUGUGUCUCAGGAUCCCUCUGUGGCUCUCUCCAAGGGCUACCAGGAGAGGCCGAUCUCAACUAGCUGGGGAAACCUUAUUGCGAUGGUUCUUAGGAGCCACCCCUUCCCCAGACAAGAGAGGCCCCCAGGGAGGGCCCCAGGAGCAGUUCCUGGGAGCCCUACAGGUGCCACCACUUGCACACACUCUGAGGACAGACACCUCGAGGACAGGCACAGCUCUUCAGUGGGGACAGUCGUAGGGGUAGGCGGAGGGGGCCUGGCUGAGACUGGAUCUCGGCCACAGCCAAGAAGCUCCGAGACGAGCGGGGCUCCCACACCAGGCCCUCCCCCAGGCCCAAGAGGAGAUGAGGCCAAGGAGAAAAGUCUAGACUCGCUGCCCCAAGCCGCGAGGCCCAGGGCCCCAUCACAGCACCCUGUGCAGACGCAGCCAAGCCGGGUCUCACAGCCUGUUCCCCAGCCACGGUCACGGAAACACAGCAUGUGUGACAUAGCUCAGAGCUCUGCGCAGGAGGCCAGCCAGGCGGCCCCAGGGCGGCCCCAGGGAGAGGCACCUGGGGAGGGGCCCAGCCCUGCAGGCAGCAGGGGGGCGCUCACAGAGAAGCAGACAGAGGCCCGAAAACUCGGGGGUUUUCUGCAGAGGCCCGGGAGCUGGGGGGUGACGGAGGGUCCCCAGAAGCCCCUCUCACGGGCCCUGGAGCAGAGCGCGGCGGCGGCUCUGCGGCAGCGGCUGGACCUGGGCAGCUGCCUGGAUGUGCUGGCCUUUGCCCAGCAGUGCGGGGAGCGUGGCCUGGCUCAGGAGACGUACGCGCUGAUGAGCAACAACCUGCUGCACGUGCUGGGGAACCCGCACCUCUACCGGCAGCUGAGUGGGGCUGACCGGGAGCGCAUCCUGAGCCUGCGAACCGGCCGGGGCCAGGCGGUGCUGGGGGUCCUCGUGAUGCCCAGCCUGUACCAGGUGAGCUCAGGGCUCACAAGGGGCCCUUAUGGUGAGGAGGCCCCUGCAGCGGGGCCGGCGCCCCUGCCUCCUCGCACGUACCUACAUGUGUUCAACCCCGGAGAGAACAUGUGGCGGCCCCUGACCCAGGUGCCCGAGGAGGCCCCGCUCCGGGGCUGUGGCCUCUGCACCAUGCACAACUACCUGUUCCUGGCGGGGGGCAUCCGUGGCUCCGGUGCCAAGGCCGUCUGCUCUAACGAGGUCUUCUGCUACAACCCUCUGACCGACAUCUGGAGCCAGGUUCGGCCCAUGCAGCAGGCCCGAGCCCAGCUCAAGCUGGUGGCCUUGGAUGGGCUGCUCUACGCCAUUGGGGGCGAGUGCCUGUACAGCGUGGAGCGCUACGACCCGCGUACAGAUGCCUGGACCUCACGUGCGCCCCUCCCCUCAGGCACCUUCCCUGUGGCCCAUGAGGCUGUGGCCUGCCGUGGGGACAUCUAUGUCACGGGAGGUCACCUCUUUUACCGCCUGCUCAGGUACAGCCCCAUGAAGGAUACUUGGGACGAGUGCCCCUACAGUGCUAGCCACCGGCGCUCCAGUGACAUUGUGGCACUGGGGGGCUUCCUGUAUCGCUUUGACCUGCUGCGGGGCGUGGGUGCUGCAGUGAUGCGCUACAACACGGUGACCGGCUCCUGGAGCCGGGCGGCCCCCCUGCCCCUGCCCGACCCCGCCCCGCUCCGCUGCACUGUGCUGGGCAACACCAUCUACUGCCUCAACCACCGGGUCACAGCCACCUUCACGGUCUCGGAGGGGACUGCUCAGUUCCAGGCCAAGGAGCUGCAGCCCUUUCCCCUGGGGAGUAAGGGGAGUCUCUGUCCAUUCACCCUCACUCUGCCCACCGGAGACCAGCUGCAGACCUCACUCUGA